AUGACAAAUCCUAAACGAACUCUGUAUGUUGGUGGUUUAGCUGAGGAAGUUGAUGAAAAAACUUUACAUGCUGCUUUUAUUCCAUUUGGUGAUAUAUUUGAAAUUCAAUUACCAAUUGAUUUUGAAACUCAAAAACAUCGUGGUUUUGCUUUUGUCGAAUACGAAACAGCGGACGAUGCUGCGACAGCAAUUGAUAAUAUGAAUGAUUCAGAAUUAUUUGGUCGAGCAAUACGUGUUAAUCUAGCUAAGCCGGUACGUUUAAAAGAAACAAGUUCAAAACCAGUUUGGUCAGAAGAUCAAUGGUUAUCAAAUGCAAUGAAUUCAACAGAAAAUGAAACGUCAUCAACAUUAACAGACAACAACAACAAUGAUAAUCAUAAUAAUACGAAAACAAUAAAAACUUUGACAAAAGAUGAUGAUAUUGAUGAAAUCGAUUUUGAUACAAGUAGACCUUUAUCAAAAAGAAUUAAAGCAGCAUCAAACCCACGUGUCUAUUUCGACAUUGAAAUUAAUGGAAGUCGAGCUGGAAGAUUAAUAAUAACAUUAUUUGCUGAUAUUGUACCAUUAACAGCAGAAAAUUUUCGUUGUUUAUGUACACAUGAAAAAGGUUUCGGUUAUCGACAUACUUCAUUUCAUAGAAUCAUUAAAGAAUUUAUGGCACAAGGUGGAGACAUGACCAAAGGGAAUGGAACUGGUGGAAAAUCUAUCUAUGGAAGAACAUUUAAAGAUGAAAAUUUUAAUGUAAAACAUACGCAUGCUGGUCAAUUAUCAAUGGCUAAUUCAGGUUCAAAUACCAAUGGAUCACAAUUUUUUAUAACUUUCGUUAAAUGUGAUUGGCUAGAUAAUAAACAUGUCGUAUUCGGAGAAAUUAUUGAAGGUUUUGAACUACUUAAAAAAAUAGAAGAUGCUGGAACAAAAAGUGGUACAACAACAAAAACAGUGACUAUUGUUGAUUGUAAUGAAUUCAAAUAG